AUGCCUCUCGAAAAUCGACCGCGACUUCCCCGCAUACCCCUUAGCAAGCGAAGUCGGGCUGUCGUGCGGGCUCUUAACCCAAUGCUGGUGGCCUAUUUGGAAGCCAGCCGGGACCUUUGGGAGACAGACUCAAUUCUUUUUGGUGCCGCACUGGCAGUAUGCCGUAUUAUUGGCGCCAAACUUCCCAUGGCUGGACAUGCUACUCGACAAAGUAGCGCCAUCCCAGUCUUGAAAAAGAGAAUUGAGGACCAUAUCGGCAGACUGACAAGCUUCAGGUCGGGUAAUAAUAGACCGAGAGUUGUGCGCACCGUUAGAAUGGCGUUUGCUGGGACAAAUAUUAGUUUGUCCCAGCUGGAUAUCACGCAGAAACUAACGGAGCGCGUAGAUGACCUGAAGCAAAAAAUCGUUGCUUGGGGGAAGCGGAUUCGACGAUUUAGUGAGAGGUCAAGGCGGUUCAACCAGAAUCGUCUCCUCCUGAGUGAUCAGAAGAGGCUCUAUAAAUCAUUGGAGCGACUAGAGGUAUGUGGAGCGGGCCCAGGAGUGGACUAG